AUGGGUAUCACAAAAACUCUUGUGAUCUUUUUUCACAUUGUCAUAUUAGCAGUUUCGCUCUCUAACCAUGUGGUUUUGACCUCAGGUGCAAAGAUUGAAAAAUUCUCAUAUGAUCAUUGCUUCCAUUUGUGUGUGGAAGGAGAAUAUGAAUUGCAUGAAUGCUUUGUGGACUGUGUUCAAAAAGGAUUUCAUAAAGCAGAUUGUGUAAGCCGAACUCCCAAAGAUCCUAUUAGAUGUUGUUGCAACUACUAA